AUGUACACCAGACGGCCAAUACCAAAUGAGUAUUGCCCCUCGCAACCGAGUGCUCCGACGGUAGCGCAACCGGCAAACCAGUUUCAGGUCCUCGAAGAAAUAGGCAGAGGUUCAUUCGGGGCUGUCCACAAGGUAAUUCAUCUUCCCACAAAAAAGGUGAUGGUCCGAAAGGACAUCAAGUACGGUCAUAUGAACAGUAAAGAGAGGCAGCAGUUGAUUGCUGAAUGUACGAUUUUAUCUCAAUUGAAGCAUGAGAACAUUGUCGAAUUCUAUUCUUGGGAUUUCAAUGAGCAAAAGGAGGUUCUAUAUCUUUAUAUGGAGUACUGUUCAAGGGGCGAUUUGUCCCAAAUGAUCAAACACUACAAACAGGAACAUAAAUACAUACCGGAGAAAGUUAUCUGGGGCAUUUUGGCCCAAUUAUUGAUGGCCUUAUACAAAUGUCAUUAUGGAGAUGAUUUAUUGCCUUUGACUACAAUGUAUGAUCGCAUGAAGCCGCCGGCUAGAGGUAAAAAUGUUGUCAUCCAUCGAGAUCUUAAACCGGGGAAUAUCUUCCUUAGCAACGAGGAUAACGAAGAUAAAGAUAAUAAAAAUCAUAGAAACAUGGAUUAUAGCCAGGUCGUGGUUAAGCUAGGAGAUUUUGGUUUGGCUAAAUCGUUGGAAGCUAGUAUCCAGUUUGCAACGACUUAUGUUGGGACACCCUAUUAUAUGUCACCAGAAGUACUUAUGGAUCAUCCAUAUUCUCCGCUGAGUGACAUCUGGUCCUUGGGUUGUGUGAUAUUCGAAAUGUGUUCGCUACACCCGCCCUUUCAAGCGAAGACAUAUCUCGAGUUACAGAAAAAGAUCAAGGCGGGCAAAUUUGAGAAAAUCCCCGAAUAUUAUUCAGAUGGUUUGAACCUCAUGGUCCAUUCUAUGGUUGACGUUGAUCUUGAGACGAGGCCUUCAACCUUUGAGCUUCUGCAAGACAUUCAGAUACGAACGGCUAGAAAAUCUUUACAACUGGAAAGAUUCGAGAGAAACUUAUUGGACUACGAGAAUGAACUAGUCAAUAUCGAGAAAAUCCUGGAAAGACAGGCGAUGGAAUACGAAAGAGAGUACUCUCAACUGAAGGAGCAAUUCGUACGAGCAGUCGAAGACCGUGUCUCUGAAGUGGUCAAUGGUAAGAAAAUCGGCAAAGUCCCGGAAUCCAUUCAUGGCUACUACAAUAAAAGGCUCCCUCGACCAGCGUACCACUGGCAGACUAGGUAUCGAUAA